GGGACACUUCAGACCUGUCAAAGGGUUGGAGGCAAAAAAGGACUGCAGACGCGCCGUCCAAAUACACUUCGCUCGCACCGCAUUUGCAGCGAAUAGAAUUGACUGGUGAGUGGUUCAACGAAGCUGCACGGCAUCGCAUCUCUGCAUCUCUGCAUCCGUGUCUCCUGUAGCUGUGGCUCGUUGAGGCGCAGUUGGCCGUGAGAGUGAAGUCCUUUGUUCGGUUGGCGACCUUCAAAUACCUGUCUGUACCUUGAACUCCUCUCCACUACCAAGCGAUUGGAACUAAAUCUGCCUCUCCGCGCCACGACCUCCACCUCCUUCGCUCCCCUUUUGUUCAGCAGUGCAGAUCAUUUGUGCCGAGAAUCUCACGACGUCCUUCUCCUUUUCAUUCUUUCAAAAUCAUCUGUCGUCCAUCUCAAUCAUCCAGAUCCAUCUUCUCCUGCUUCAUUCAUUCAUUCUUGCAGGGUUGCUUUGUUGUGACGUCGUUUGUUGAUGCACAGCGAUUCAUAACACUCCUCAUAUUGAAUCCACCACAAGUACCAUCUUCUACGUCCCAACAUCCCCCUUUCACACCGAACACUCGUUAUCGGAGAACAGAUAACACGCCAGCACCAUGGCAUACCCGGGCGGCGGUAAUGGAGGGUACCAAGGAGAGCAGUUGCAAGAUCUCCCCCCUGUGGGCAGUUACCACAGACCACCUCAAGACGACGAAGAUGGAGCCCAGCCUCUUCUUCACUCACAACCAGCCGGUGGUCCCUUUGCGAGCCCCUACGAUAGCCAGUCGAAUACUCUGCGAACUGGAACACCGCCUGUCAGACCAGUCUCUGCAUACAGUCUGACUGAAUCGUACGCCGACCCUGCAGCAGGUCCGCCUCGCGCCCCAUACUCGAAUAGCGAAUAUGGAGGAAGCACAACUACAUACGGGCACACGCUCGAGGACAACGCAUAUCCCAGAUCCGAGUCCCCAUACUCCAGAGCCGACACAAAUUCCACGGAGGCUUGGAGACAGCGACAAGCUCCAGUUCCCGGUGGACCAGGUGGAGGCUUAAAGCGAUAUGCAACGAGAAAAGUCAAGCUUGUAGGAGGCACUGUUUUGAGUGUUGACCAUCCAGUGCCGUCCGCCAUCAAGAAUGCUGUGCAGCUGAAGUACAGGCAGGAAGCCGAUGCUGCGAGUAGCGAAGAGUUCAAUACUAUGCGAUACACAGCUGCUACCUGUGACCCCGAUGAGUUUACCCUCAAAAAUGGCUACAAUCUUAGACCAGCGAUGUACAACCGCCACACCGAGUUGCUCAUUGCAGUCACGUACUAUAACGAAGACAAGCAAUUGACAGCCCGUACACUGCACGGUGUCAUGCAGAAUAUUCGCGAUAUUGUCAACCUCAAGAAGUCCGAUUUCUGGAACGUUGGUGGCCCAGCGUGGCAGAAGAUUGUGGUCUGCCUUGUUUUCGACGGUAUCGACCCCUGCGACAAGGAUACUCUGGAUAUCCUGGCAACGAUCGGUGUCUACCAGGAUGGUGUCAUGAAGAAGGAUGUCGAUGGAAAGGAGACAGUUGCCCACAUUUUUGAGUACACCACGCAAUUGUCGGUCACUGCAAACCAACAGCUUAUUCGACCUUCCGAUGAUAGCACCAGCACCCUUCCUCCUGUGCAGAUGAUGUUCUGUUUGAAGCAAAAGAACACCAAGAAGAUCAACUCUCACAGAUGGCUUUUCAACGCUUUUGGUCGCCUUCUCAACCCUGAAGUCUGUAUUCUUCUAGAUGCUGGAACCAAGCCUGGACCCAAAUCUCUUCUUUCUCUCUGGGAAGGUUUCUACAAUGACAAAGAUUUGGGAGGAGCAUGCGGUGAAAUCCAUGCUAUGUUGGGUAAAGGCGGUCGGAAGUUAUUGAACCCUUUGGUUGCAGCGCAAAAUUUCGAGUACAAGAUCUCCAACAUUUUGGACAAACCUUUGGAGAGUUCCUUCGGAUAUGUCAGUGUGUUGCCAGGUGCUUUCUCAGCAUACCGUUUCCGAGCUAUUAUGGGACGACCUCUAGAGCAAUACUUCCAUGGUGACCACACGCUUUCCAAAAAGUAUGGUAAGAAGGGUAUUGAGGGAAUGAACAUCUUCAAGAAGAACAUGUUCUUGGCCGAGGACAGAAUUUUGUGCUUCGAGCUGGUUGCUAAAGCUGGAUCGAAAUGGCAUUUGACGUACAUCAAAGCCGCCAAGGGAGAAACCGAUGUUCCUGAAGGAGCUGCUGAGUUCAUUGGACAGCGUCGAAGAUGGCUUAACGGCUCCUUCGCUGCUAGUAUGUAUUCGAUUAUGCAUUUCGGCAGAAUGUACAAGAGUGGUCACAACCUUGUCCGCAUGUUCUUCCUCCAUAUCCAACUGAUCUACAAUAUGUUCACCGUUUUCUUGUCUUGGUUCAUGUUGGCAUCUUUCUGGCUCACUACGACUGUUAUUAUGGACCUUGUGGGAAAUCCAACGCCAGCCUCUGACACAGCUGCUGAACAUCACGGCUGGCCAUUUGGCGACACGGCAACACCCAUUAUCAACACUAUUCUGAAAUACCUUUACCUGGCUUUCCUCCUUGUCCAGUUCAUUCUGGCACUUGGUAACAGACCAAAGGGUUCCAAAGUCACUUACAUGCUAUCUUUCAUCGUUUUCGGUGUCAUCAACGCAUACUUGAUCGUUCUGUCAAUGUAUCUGGCUAUCCGCGGUAUCUCUGGCUCAUCAUUUGACACCGACAGCGUGGAUGAUUUCUUCAAGAGUUUCUUUGGAGACAGUGAUGGUGGCGGUGGUAUCAUCAUCAUCGCCCUGCUGGCUACCUUCGGUCUUUACUUCGUCGCCUCGUUCAUGUACCUGGAUCCUUGGCACAUGUUUACCUCUUUCGGCCAGUACUUACUCCUCAUGUCUUCCUACAUCAAUGUUCUCAUGGUCUACGCCUUCAGCAACUGGCAUGAUGUUUCUUGGGGUACCAAGGGUUCCGACAAGGCCGAUGCUCUCCCAUCUGCGACCACCAAGAAGGAAGACGGAAAGGGAGCAGUUGUGGAGGAAAUCGACAGACCACAAGAGGACAUCGACAGCCAAUUCGAGGCCACCGUCAAGCGCGCUCUGAAGCCCUUCAUUGCCGUGGAAGAGGUCGAAGAGAAGACCCUCGAGGACUCCUACAAGUCUUUCAGAACGAAGCUUUUGAUCUGCUGGAUCUUCUCAAAUGCUCUGUUGGCUGUCGUCAUUACCAGUGAUAGCGUCAACAAGUUCGGUUUCGGAGUACGUAAGCCCAGUUUCUCCCCAUUGCAAAUUUAAUUGUACUAACAUACCUCACAGAGCCACGACGCAGCCGACCGCACCCAGAAGUUCUUCACUAUCCUCCUGUAUGCCACUGCCGUUCUGGCAUGCGUCCGGUUCAUCGGAUGCAUGUGGUUCUUAGGUCGCUCGGGUAUCAUGUGCUGCUUCACCAGACGCUAGAUAGAUCGAUAUGUUUGGUAUUAGCACCUAACGAAAGGACUGAAGGGAUGGAAGGAAGGAAAGCGCUUCUUGUAAUACCAUCUUCAGCAUGUAUGUCCAAUAUUGGCUGCCUGGCGUUUUUUCCCCCGUUGUUUUUAGUCUAUUCCUAGAGAGAUGUAAACGUGUGGAAAGUGUGGAAGGACCAUAUGGUGUGAGAGAUGAGAUGAGAUGAGAUGCGGAGAUACCUAAAAAUUCAUUUGGCUUUUCUAGGCUUUCAUUUUCAUCCGCCUUCUCUUGUAUUGUUGCCUCUUCUGUGGGUCAGUCUUUGCUGAAUGAGUGGCUGAUGGACGAAAGGGCUGUAUUUAUGUCUCUAUAUGCUUUUUGCAUUGUUUUUUCAGCUGAGUUGUGUUGCCUAUCUGGUUGGCGCCAGCUGGGCUAAAAUUGAAUACCCUUCGUUAUUACUUAAGUUCUGCAAGACUAUGUUGUCUA